AAUAAGGAAAACAGCGUCUGAAAAAAACUCCUUCAAGGUGUCACAGCCAGUGUUUACUUCGUCGAAGAUAUUGUUUUCAUUUCAUGCCGUAUGUUUUAUGAAUAAAGACAUUGAAAGAACUGGGAUUCUUUCUCCGUAUGGAGGAUGAGAGAGGUCUCAGAUUUAAUCUGAAACAUCUUAAUUUGUGCUCCAAAGAUAAACGGACCCAAGGAAUUGGAACCACAUGAAGUUUUAUUCAUGUUGGAACAAUGGAGAAUUACUGCUGCAUCUGUUGCUUUUCUAAAGAAGAAAGGGAAAAGACUGCCAUACAUAAGGAAAUCAACCGCACGCUUGCUGAGCAGGAGAAACAACAACAGGCACAAUACAAAUUACUUUUAUUAGGCACAGCAGAUAGCGGAAAGUCAACAUUUAUGAAGCAGCUGAGGCUCAUUUAUGGAAAAGGAUACACGGAAGAGGAGAGGCAUUGCUUCGCUAGACUGAUUUACCAGAAUAUCUUUAACGCUAUGCAAGUACUUAUACGAGCAAUGAUCGAGUUAAAGAUUCCUUACACCAGUCUACAGAAUGAGAUUUAUGCUCAAAGGAUCCAAAAUCAAAUCCCAGAAAAGGUGACGAAGUUACAGAGACAUUAUGUAGAAGCUAUUCGUCAUCUAUGGGCAGAUGAGGGCUUUCAGAUCUGCUACAAAGACGGCGGACAGUUUAAGCUGGACUCCACUAAGUACUUCAUUGAUAACUUAGACCGCAUCGCAGCUGAUGAUUACAUCCCUACAUGUCAAGAUAUUCUCCGUGUCCGUUUGUCUACAACUGGCAUCAUAGAGUACACUUUUAGUGUCCAGAAGAUUAUACUCAGGUUUGUAGAUGUUGGGGGUCAAAAAUCAGAGAGAAGGAAGUGGAUCCAUCACUUUGAGAAUGUGACAGCGCUCUUAUAUGUAGCUUCUCUCAGCGAGUACGAUGAGGUGCUGAUGGAGAACAGCAGUGAGAAUCGUAUGAGAGAGAGUUUGGCACUGUUCAACUCUAUCAUUCGCAACCCGUGGUUUACUAAAUCCUCAAUCAUCCUCUUCCUGAAUAAAACAGACAUGCUGGAAGAGAAAAUUCAGUUCUCCGAUCUAAAAAACAACUUUCCUGAGUUUGAAGGCAAAUGUCAGGAUGUUCAUGGUGCAAUGGUGUUCAUCAGAAAGCUUUAUGAGCAAGAAACAUUCUGCCAAGAGACAAAUACCUCCAGAAACAUCUAUUGUCAGUUCAUCUGCGCCAUGAACACCGCAAAAACCCGCGAACUCUUCGAUUAUGUCAAAGACAUUGUCCUUACUGAGAGUCUAAAGGAGAACAAAACUUUAUAAUGAACUUAAAAACAGGUCACAAUCCCUGAUUAUUGGUGGACUCCUUAGUAUUGUGAAUUAAAAAGCUUUGCUCCUGUUA